CCCCGCCAAGCUGCUUUCAGUGUAAUACUCCUGUUAUUACCUUCCAUUCAGAAUGUACGCUUGCACCAAGUUUGUGUCAUCCCCAGCCCUGAUAAGGAAUGGAGCCAGUAUUCUCUGCCGUCCACUAUCUGCCCCACUUCUGAACUACACCGUACUUAGGACAGAGAUGCAGUUGCAGAGCAGUGCAGUGUGCAGGGACAUUGACACUGCUGUUAAGUUCAUUGGCGCCGGUGCUGCCACAGUUGGAGUAGCAGGCUCUGGUGCUGGUAUUGGCACUGUGUUUGGAAGCCUGAUUAUUGGCUAUGCCAGGAACCCCUCUCUCAAGCAGCAGCUUUUCUCCUAUGCCAUCCUGGGAUUUGCUCUGUCCGAAGCUAUGGGACUCUUCUGUCUUAUGGUUGCUUUCCUAAUCCUUGCAAAGUGAAUAAUCUCACCUAUGUCAAUGCCAUUUAUCUGUGUCCCAAUCUUAUCAGUAGC